AUGGGCAAUUGCCUAGAUGGCUUCCCCGAUGCGGCAGGGGAAUUUGAUAAGUCCUCGGCCGUUAAUAUUGAAGGGAGUUUUGUUUCCCUAUCGGAAAUGGCAGCUAUCGAAGCUGAUGGUGAUACACCGCUAAAUUCCCUGGAGGUCCAGACAGCUGCCCUAACCAAACGUAAAUUUGCCCAAAAAAUAGCUCAGAGUUUUGAACCAAAGAAGUGUAAAUCUAGUGAAGAAAAUAAUGGAAAUCAGAGCUUUCAACAGGGUCCAGUCAUCAAAAUGGAACGGGAAUUUGAGCUAAUCGAUGUCCAUGACGAGGAGGCGGAAGAAGAAGGUGACGGCGACGAUAUGCCGAGCACAUCAUGGAAUACUACUCCUGGCGAGAAUGAUUAUCAGUUUAAUGAUGACUCUUCGAUUAUACUGCUCGAUGAUUCCGAUGAGGAUGAUGAUGAGGUGGAGGCGGAAGAGGAUUAUUUUAAUAUGUCCAUGUCUCAAUAUAAUGUGGACUAUAACUAUGAGGAACAUGGUCUGGUAGAUUCCAUAGCUGGGAUCGAUGGUCGCAAGGAUAAUAAAUCACGCGAGGAAAGGCAGCAACAUCUAAGUUAUCUACUGUCCAAUUUUAUGCCGAUAAUCAAAUGUGAUCUUUGUACCCACAAGUGUAAAUCCUGGCCCGCCUUACAGGCCCAUUUCCUGCAGCGUCAUCCCACGGAACAGUGUUACAUUCCCUGUUGUGGCCGCAAACUCAAAGAGCACUGGACACUGAAGGAACACAUGCGUUAUCACAAUGACCCCAACACCUUUAAAUGUAAACUCUGCGGUCGGAUAAAUACCACGCGAUGUGCCCUCAAGCGACACAUUGAUGCCCAACAUCCGAGCUAUCAAAAGUUACGACACUUCUGCCCCAACUGUGAUAAAGGAUUCACAACGAAGAGUGGCCUUCGCUAUCAUUGCACAACGGUCCAUGAAAACUAUGGCAAACCCGAUUGUCAGAUACAGCCCGACGGCAGCACCCUCUACGUGUGUAAACAAUGUGGCCGUUCGUUUAAGAAUCAAGAAAUGGCACGAAAACACAUUUACUACAAUCACAGUCAGGUUGAUCGUUUCAAAUGUCCCACCUGUGGUUGUGUCUUUAAGAAAUCUCGACCCUAUCGCGAACAUGUUGCUUCGCACACCAAAAAAGAACUGUACAUCUGUGCCUACUGCCCCCAGAGGUUUACCUUCCUGAAUACGCUGCGCAACCAUCGUAAGAGUAAACAUCCGCUGGAAUCCGAUGAUAAUAGUUAUAUCGAAAUUUAUGAUGAAUAUGGACAGAUUUGA